AUGGACUCCUGGACUCCUACAGACUUGACACAGCUUCCUGCAGUCUUGCAACAGCGCCGUGGCUCUGUCAUGGCCUGUGGGCAGUUCGUGAACAAGCUGCAAGAGGAAGUGAUCUGUUCCAUCUGCCUGGAUGUUCUGGAGAAACCUGCCACCAUUGACUGUGGGCACAAUUUCUGCCUCAAAUGCAUCACUCAGAGUGAGGAAGCAUCAUGCGAAUUUUUCAAAUGUCCCCUCUGCAAAACUUCUGUAAGGAAGAACACGAUGAUGUCCAACUGACUGUUGGUGAAUCUGGUGGAGAAAAUCCAAGCUCUAGAUGCCUCUGAGGUGCAGUCUGAAAGGAAAACACCUGCAUGCCGGGGGCACCAGGAGAUGUUCCAUUAUUUCUGCGAGGGAUUUGUGUGUCAUGAAUCCAAGGACCACAAAUCUCAUAAUGCCAGCUUGAUUGAUGAAGCUGCCCAGAAUUACCAGAGACCAGGAGGAUUUUAUGAGGCCCAGAAAUCACCAGGCACAGCCUGCUCAAACGGCCCUCUCUCCGCAGGGGCAGAGUCAAGCGCAGAUGGAAGUCUUACAGCCAAAGGAGGAGACGGUACAAGUGAAGGCACAGGCGAACAGAGCAUCCGUGACUUCAGGGUAAGAAAAACUCCAUCCCAUGAUCACCGGAAGCAGAAACAUCUCUGCAAAGCUCUUGGAAUCCCCUAUUACACUGACUCCUCAGAAAAAGACCCAAUGAAAACGAAGGAGUGGCGCAGAGCUGAACAGAGCGCCAGAAGAAGGGCCUGGGACAGAGGGCGCCGCGCGGCGCGGCGGGUUGGGCCAAGUCCUCUCCUCUGUGCCUCAGCCCCUGACCCGCCAGGCGGCAGCACCUCCCGCGUUGGCCUCGCUGUUAACGCGGGCUGGCUGCUUCGGUCUCCACCUGCAACAAGGUGGGGAACGCCAAACCGCGCUGGUCUUAGAAUCGCAAGCUCAGGUUUAAGAUACAGCUGCGCCCUCAGCGGAUCCCCCAACUACAAAAUGAAACAUUGA